AUGAGACUAUUAAAACAAUCGCCAAUUCCUUCAAAAAAAUUGAAUGAUUAUCAAUUUUUGAGUAAUAAAAUAAAUCAGACGUCUGACAGCUUGAAAAAAAUUUUGCUCUCAACUGCUGACGAAGGAUCAAUUGAUGACGAUGGUGAAAAUUUUCGUUCAUUAAUUGAAAAGCUGCACGAUAAAUUCAAUGAUAAAGAAACAGAAAAGUCUUUAAAGAUACAAAUCUUAACCUUGUUACCUGAAAAAUGGGGUGAAAGACGUAUUUGUAAAACUAUGAAUACAUCAAGACAUUUAUCAAGAGUAGCAAAAAAGUUGGUUGAAGAAAAAGGUAUACUUUCAACACCUGAAACAAAAUUAGGGACGACAAUUACUGAUCAAAUAUUAUUGAAAAUUGCGAAUUUUUACAACGAUGAUGAGUAUAGUGCUUUGAUGCCCGGCAUGAAAGACUUUGUUUCAGUUCGAAAUGAUGAUGGUAAUCGGGUACACGUCCAAAAACGGCUUGUUCUGUCUAAUUUAAAAGAACUUUACCAAUGUUUCCGUGAAAUAAACCCUGCAGAGAAAGUUGGAUUUUCGAAAUUUGCUUCGUUACGGCCGAAACAUUGUGUGUUAGCAGGAGCAAGUGGAACGCAUACUAUCUGUGUAUGUACUAUCCAUCAAAACUUUAAGUUGAUGAUGCUUGGUGCAAAUGUUCAUUCUUUAACGAGGAAUACAGAAAAGUCGUUGAAACACUAUAAUGAUUGCUUGGACAUGAUAAUAUGUGAGACUCCAACAGAAAAAUGUUAUUUGGGUGGAUGUAACAAGUGUCCAGGGGUAGAUGAGUUGAGUAACAUUUUACUGACAUGUUUUGAGAAUCAGGAAAUCGAGAAUGUCACGUACAAGCGUUGGGUAUCAAAACCAAGGUGCAGUUUAGAAACUUUUAUACAGCCUACAGAAGAAUUUAUUGAAAACCUUUGUAGUGAAUUGAAAGUUCUUCUACCUCACUCAUUCAUUGCAAAAGAACAAGCUAAGCUUUUAAAAACAUUAAAGGAAACACUAAAACCAAAUGAAUAUGUCAUUAUUUGUGAUUUUGCAGAGAAUUAUGCGUUCGUAGUACAAAAUGCAGCAUCUGGUUUUCACUGGAAUAAUGAUCAGGCGACAGUUUUUCCGUUUAAAAACUUUAAAAAUUUUGUUAAUUUGUACUACCAUGAAGAUGAUUUUGAUAUUCCUGCUGAAUGGCAUUUUUUUGCAACUGCCCAUGGCAAAGGUCCGUGUGAUGGAAUUGGUGGUAUCCUCAAACGACUUGCAGCAAGAGCAAGUCUCCAGCUUGCGGUAGAUAAACAAAUAACAACACCUAUAGGACUUUACGAAUGGACUUCUGAUCCGGAUAACUUGUCAAAUAUCAUAGUCAAGUUUUCUCCAGAAGAAGACUAUAAUACAGCAUUGAACGACUUGAAUGACAGAUUUACAAAAACGAAACCAAUUGUAGGAACUCAACAACUACAUUGUGUAAUCCCCGACAAAAAUGGUUGUUUGUAUGUAAAAAAAUUCUUAAACUCUAAUGAACAUAGAAUUUGUAAAAUAUUGAAACGCCAGAGAGAACAUUAA